GUCAUGCAAGGUCCAGAUGCAAUGGAGACGUCCGGGAACGGAGGGUUACCUUCUAGGGGCCAUGUGCGUCUAGGAUUCGCGCGCAGGGAGGCAGACCUCGACGUCAACGUGGGCGUUGACUGCUACGGUUACGGAAUACGCGAUGUGAAUGGAGAGGUGGUCAAUCGGAUGCGCUGCGAGUAUUUCUUCCCGAAAGGCGAAUCGAUCCGCGAGGGGGAUGUCAUCGGUUUACUCAUUACUCUUCCGCCUCUGUCUCUCCAUAAGAAAAUAGUGGAGGGCGCCUAUGAUCCUGCGGUUGAUGGCGAUGCAUCGACUCCGAAUUCUGAACCUCCGUCCGCCGCGAACAUCAUUCGCGAUCGUAUCCCCUUCCAUUAUAAAUCCGACUUUUACUGGCAGCAGUCGAAUGUGUUUCCCUCGAAACAGCUCCGCGAUUAUGCUUUCAAUCUUAAAGAAACCUCCACCCUGGGACAACCGUCACCAACCAAUACCGAGGACGCCUCGUUGCGCACCCUCCCCGGGUCCAGCAUUACCAUCUUCAAAAACGGUGUAAAGAUGGGCACUCCUUUCAGGGAGUUAUACGCCUUCCUUCCGCCGGCAAGUCGACUCGUAAACGGGACCAACAAUCUGGGCCUCGGCGAGCGAGAGAACGCAGAUGACGGCAUGGUUGGGUAUUACCCAGCAGUGAGCUGCUACAACGGCGGUGCAGUGGAAUGUCGCUUUGAGGCGCCCUGGUGGUUCGGCCCGCCGCCUUAUGCGGACAAUGACGAACCUGUCCGCGGCAUGGGGGAUCGGUUCAACGAGCAGAUCGUUGAAGAUAUCGUGGCCGACGUCGUCGAUGAGGUCGAGGCUAUGCUGGUCUGGGGCGGCGUUGAUGGCGACGUUGUUGGGAAAGCAGAAAUCGAUGGCACGGGUUCUGGGGCUGUUGGGGGUUCUGAGGUUCUCAAAGGAGGUGUUGGAGCGGCGUAUGAAUCCGCUAUGCCUGCAGACGUUGCGUCGAACAAUGCGGUCCUUGAAAACACCGGCAACAGUACUGUGCCGGCUCCUUCAAAGCUAGAGGUUGGUGCUAGCCAUACCACGGGCGACACGCCUAUGGCAGAUGGUGCUGAAGGUACAUCGAAUGCAGAAGCUCCAGAAAAUGCAGCAACUGGUGGAGACAUCGAGAUGUCCUAAGUUUGCUUGCGUGGGCUUUUACCGCGUGGAUAGUGGGUAAUUUGCAUAUAAUUCCCUUUGAUUGUUGACUGUUGAUACCAAUCUCCAUCAUCCAAUCAACAGAAUAAGACAUGUCGUUUGUUUGGACUGGAGACAAUUUGUGACUCCUUACCCAAUGUAAUUUACAGGCU